AAGUCUAGGAGAGUAGGUUAGGGUUAGGUUCCCCCACUAGUUAGGGUAAGGUUUGGGUUGUACAUCUCUCGAGGAAACUUGGGCGAAGUGAAAUCUUUGUAGUAGGUUUAGCUGAUAUUGUUUAGUUUUCUUGGCUCAGGUUAGGUUAAGGUUUCCAAAGGGGGUUUCUUAUGAGAGCCUUUACUACCUAGAUAUAGAUCUAGAAUCUAGAUCUAUUCAGCAGUCUCAACAUGCGCGAAUGUGUGUCUAUCCACGUGGGCCAGUGCGGGAUCCAAGUGGGGAACGCGUGCUGGGAGCUCUACUGCCUGGAACAUGGCAUCCAGCCGGACGGACAAAUGCCGUCGGACAAGACGAUCGGCGGGGGCGACGACUCCUUCAACACCUUCUUCAGCGAGACUGGCGCCGGCAAGCACGUGCCUCGAGCGGUCUUUGUGGAUCUGGAGCCCACAGUGGUGGACGAAGUGAGGACAGGGACAUAUCGACAACUCUUUCACCCCGAGCAGCUCAUCUCAGGCAAAGAGGACGCAGCCAACAACUACGCCCGAGGUCACUACACUGUGGGCAAAGAGAUUAUUGACCUGGUCCUAGAUCGGCUCCGGAAACUGGCCGACAUCUGUACUGGCCUCCAAGGAUUCUUGGUCUUCCACAGCUUCGGUGGCGGCACAGGCUCCGGGUUCACAUCCCUGCUCAUGGAAAGACUGUCUAUAGAUUACGGGAGGAAAACGAAAAUUGAGUGCGCGAUUUACCCGUCCCCCCAGAUCUGCACGGCCAUAGUAGAGCCAUAUAACUCGCUUCUAGUGACGCACACAACGCUAGAGCACUCGGACUGCGCAUUUAUCGUGGACAAUGAGGCCAUCUAUGACGUGUGCCGCCGUAACCUUGACAUUGAGCGGCCCACGUACACCAACUUAAACCGGCUAUUGGCCCAGGUCGUCUCUUCCAUCACUGCCUCUCUGCGCUUUGACGGCGCCAUUAACGUGGAUCUGCAAGAGUUCCAGACCAACCUGGUCCCUUACCCUCGGAUCCACUUCCCCUUGGUGACCAUGGCGCCCGUCAUCUCGGCAGAGAAAGCCUACCACGAGCAACUGACCUGUGCAGAGAUAACCAGCUCGUGCUUCGAGCCGGCCAACCAGCUGGUCAAGUGUGACCCCCGUCACGGCAAGUACAUGGCCUGCUGCAUGUUGUACCGCGGUGACGUAGUACCCAAAGACGUCAAUGCCGCUAUCGCCACGCUCAAGACAAAGAGAACCAUUCAGUUUGUGGACUGGUGUCCAACUGGCUUCAAAGUAGGUAUUAACUACCAGCCCGCCACCGUGGUGCCAGGAGGUGACCUCGCGAAGGUUCAGAGGUCAGUCUGCAUGAUUGCCAAUACCACAGCCAUAGCAGAAGCCUGGGCCAGACUGGACCACAAGUUUGACCUGCUGUACGCCAAGAGAGCCUUUGUCCACUGGUAUGUUGGAGAAGGAAUGGAGGAAGGUGAGUUCUCAGAAGCCCGCGAAGAUCUGGCAGCUCUGGAGAAAGACUACGAAGAAGUUGGACUGGACUCAGUAGAGGAAGAAGGAGAGGGACAAGAUGAGUACUAGUUGUGAUUUCUCUCACUCACAGGAGAAACGUGGACAAUGGUUUGAGAACAUCUUGUAAAUACUACUCACCUAAAGGGGAGUAUUUGACCUUCUAAUGAAAUGUAACCCAUCUAAGGGGAGGGAAGAAUGUUUAUAAAAAAAGGCAGCUGAUUAUAUCAACUUUCCUUGGGAAUACAAUGUCCUUCAAUUCAUAUUUUGAAUUAGAACUAUAAAUUACUUUAAGUUGUAAUGUCUUUAUCGUAGUUAGUAUACAUGAUAUUUCACUUCGGAACUUUCUCUUACGUC